AUGUGCAGAAAGUUCCCCCUGCGCAUGAAGGACAACGACCUCCUGGUGACCGAGCUCUACCGCGACCCCGGCGAGGACGCCGUCACCGCCCCUCAGUGUCUACCUCACCCCCAAGACCAAGAGUUGGGAACUGGAUCGAAGAUCGCCUACGUCACCAGCUCCGGUGUGGUGAGGGUCAUCGUGCAGCACCCCGAGACAAUGGGAUCGGGGCCACAGCUCUUCCAGACCUUCACCGUGCACCGCAGCCCUGUCACCAGGAUCAUGCUCUCCGAGAAGCACCUCGUGUCCGUCUGUGCCGACAACCACCACGUUCGGAGCUGGACGGUGACGCGCUUCCGCGGGAUGCUCUCCACGCAGCCGGGCUCCACUCCCUUGGCUUCCUUCAAGGUCCUGGCGCUGGACGACGCCGCCGGCGCCGGCACCGACAUCGGGCCCUUUGGGGAGCGCGAGGAGCAGCAGGUCUUCAUCCAGCGCGUGGUGCCGGAUGCGUGCCAGGUCUUCAUCCGCCUCUCCUCCACCGGCAAGAAGAUCGGGGAGGUGCGCGCCGUGGACGGUGCCUCCAUCACUGCCUUCACGGUGCACGAGUGCGAGGGCUCGAGCCGCAUCGGCUCCCGGCCGCGCCGGCUCCUGGCCACCGGCCAUGCCAACGGCAGCCUCCAGCUCUGGGACCUCACCACGGCCAUGGACAGGGCCAACAAACCCCCCGAUGCUGAGGGGCUCAGUGAGGAAGAGCUGCUCCAGCAGCUGGAUCAGUGCGACCUGGCGCUGCCCGGGCCCCCCCGCACACAUGGGUAGGGCAGGGACCCCCCUCUGCAUCCCUAUUGCCCCCCCUUUGCAUCCCUA